ACAUUUGGUCCACCUAACCGUAGCAGCAGUAGCCAUUGAUGACUGAUCCAUUGGCUCCCCGGUGGAAGAUCCCCUCCAUCUCCUUGGGUCUGCUUGACGAGGCAUGGCUGGAGAAGAGGAAGAAGGGAGCUCCCCUUUGCUGUUGAAGCUUCCAAAAGCAUCAGAGGAGCAGGAAGAGCAUGUGAACAGAAGUGGCACCAUAUGGACAGCCAUCGCCCACAUAAUAACAGCAGUGAUCGGCGCCGGAGUUCUCUCUCUGGCGUGGAGCAUGGCUCAACUGGGUUGGAUCGCUGGCCCCAUAGUCAUGGUGCUCUUUGCUGCAGUCACUCUGAUCCAAUCAACGCUGCUCGCGGAUUGCUACAGAACACCCGACCCUGAGGAUGGACAUCUCAGGAACCGCCACUACAUGGAUGCUGUGAGGCUUUUCUUGGGUGAGAGAAGUGUUUGGAUUUGUGGGUUCCUUCAGCAACUAAGCUUGUACGGUGCAGGGUUAGCCUACACCAUCACAGCUGCCACCAGCAUGAGGGCCAUUCAGAAAUCAGAUUGUUAUCAUAGAGAAGGCCGAAAUGCUGCAUGCUCAUAUGGAGAGAGCUUUUACAUGCUGCUGUUUGGAGUUGUUCAGAUAGUUUUCUCCCAGAUACCUGACUUCCAUGAAAUGGCAUGGCUCUCUAUUUUUGCAGCCAUCAUGUCCUUCAGCUACUCUUUCAUUGGAUUCGCACUUGGCCUGGCCAAAGUGAUUGGAGAUGGAACAAUAAAAGGUGGGAUCGGAGGCAUUCCCAUGGCAUCUACAGCACAGAAAGUGUGGCGGGUUUCUCAAGCGCUGGGAGACAUAGCAUUUGCCUACCCAUACUCGAUUAUUCUCUUUGAAAUAGAGGAUACACUGAAAUCGCCGCCGCCGGAGAACCAAACGAUGAAGAAAGCAUCCAUGACCUCCAUUUUUAUCACCACAUCCUUCUACCUCUGCUGCGGCUGUUUCGGCUACGCCGCCUUCGGCAAUGACACUCCGGGAAACCUCUUGACAGGAUUUGGAUUUUACGAACCCUACUGGCUCAUCGACUUCGCCAAUGCUUGUAUUGUCCUCCACCUCGUGGGAGGCUAUCAGGUUUACUGCCAGCCAGUGUUCUGUUUCGUGGAGAGAUUGGCUGCAGGGAGGUUCCCCAACAGUGGGUUCGUGAACAAGCUGUACACGAUCCGGUUGCCAUUGUUGCCACCGUGCAGAACGAAUCUGUUCAGGCUGUGCUUUAGAACAGUGUACGUGGCGACCACAACAGGCCUCGCCAUGUUCUUUCCCUACUUCAAUCAGGUGUUGGGACUGUUGGGAGCCUUCGGCUUCUGGCCCCUGGCCGUGUACUUCCCCGUGGAGAUGUACCUUGUGCAAAAGAAGAUAAGAGCUUGGACGAAGAAAUGGGUUCUUCUUCAGAUGUUCAGUGUUGUCUGCUUGCUUGUUAGCAUAUUUGCCUUCAUUGGAUCAGUUGUUGGAGUGAUCAGUGAGAAGCUAAGCUAACCUUCUUCCCGCUCCUCCAAAUGAUCAGAUUUCCUUUGUAUAUACGCCUAUAUAUUAUGCCUUUCAAGUGUAACAUUCAUAGGAAAGGAAACUCAUUUAAAAUUGGUGAUAAACAAACAAAAGAUAGCUAA